AAAAUGUCACUACAAGUCUAAAAGAAAUAGAAAAUGCGGGGUGAUUUUAUAUUUAAAUAUUAAUUACAAACUGUAUUACGAAUUUCUUUUAUUUCUUUUGAAUAAUUUAGUUUAAUAAAAGUUUUAUAAAUAGAGAAACAGAAAAAUGGCCAAGUUUAAACUAAAGAAGCCAUCUAAAAGGCAACCAGCACGCCUUCGUUAUAAGAUAGAAAAAAAAGUUAGAGAGCAUAAUAGAAAAGUAAAAAAGGAAGCUAAAAAGAAUCCUAAGUCUAAGAAGUCUAAGCCAAUACAGAUACCAAAUGUGUGUCCGUUUAAGGAAGACAUAUUAAAAGAAGUUGAAGCAGUAAAGAAACAUAAAGAGGAAGAAAGACAGAAGAAAAAAGAGCAAGCAAAAUUAGAUAAGCAAAUUAAAUUGGAGGAGAAAAAGAACAGUACUCUUAGUAUGGAUAAUUUGGUAGCAAAUGCACAAGCAAGAGGUAAAGUCCACGAAGCAUUCAAAGAAAAUGAUAUUGUGAAUGAUGAUGUACAAUUUGGCAAGGACAGACAACAAGAAAAUUCUUUAAAAGCUUAUUAUAAGGAAUUCAAGAAAGUUAUUUCGGAGGCUGAAGUUGUAUUAGAAGUUGUGGAUGCUAGAGACCCAUUAGGUACUAGGUGUAUUCAAGUUGAGGAAGCAGUUCGAGAGUCAGGCAAGAAGUUAGUUUUAAUCCUUAACAAAGCAGAUUUAGUGCCAAGGGAAAAUCUCACAGCUUGGCUCAAGUAUCUCCGUAGAUCAGCACCAGCUGUUCCAUUCAAAGCAUCGACACAGGACCAGCAACACAAUCUCGGCAGAAGGAAAAUGAAACAUAUUGUGAAAGAAAAGGAAAUGUCAAACUCUGCUUGUGUAGGAGCUGAGUUACUCAUGAGUCUCCUGGCUAAUUAUUGCCGAAACAAAGGCAUAAAGACAUCUAUAACAGUUGGCGUUGUUGGGUUGCCAAAUGUUGGCAAGAGUUCAAUUAUAAACAGUCUGAACAGAUCGAAAGCAUGCAAUGUAGGAAGCACUCCAGGAGUCACUAAACAAAUGCAGACUGUCCAGUUGGAUUCGAAGAUCAAGAUACUAGACAGCCCUGGUAUAGUAUUUCACACGGGCGCAGACGGUGAUGCGUCCGUAGCGCUUAAAAACGCUCUUCGCGUGGCCAGUCUCAAAGACCCCGUCACGCCUGCGACGGCUAUACUGAAGAGAGCUCAAAAACAUACUCUUGUAGCGCUCUACUGCAUACCAGAGUUUAACACGCCACAAGAGUUUUUCGCAAGUGUUGCAUCGCGUAUGGGUCGCUUUAAGAAAGGUGGCGUUCCUGACCAAGAGGCCGCUGCUAGAAUAUUACUUAACGAUUGGAAUACUGGAAAGGUGCGAUACUAUACUGAACCACCAGAGACGCCCGAGUCAGAAAUACAUGUUGACGCUAAGAUAGUUUCAACACUGUCACAAGACUUCGAUGUAAAUGCAUUUGAAGCGAUGGAAGCAGAAACCAUCGACACACUUGGUGCCACAAAUACUGAUGGCGCUAUUAAGAUCACAAGCACAGGUCCAGUCAAAGCGGCAGAAGACGACAUGCAAGUAGACGAAGACGAAUCUGUUCUACUCCCCAAAAAAGUUAACAUUGUUUCUAAAGUAGUUACUAAAACUCCAAAGGACUCUGGAGUAGACAUUGUUAUGGAAGGCAACACCAAACAGAAUAAAAUGAGAAAAAUGCAAUUUAAAAAAGAUAAAAAGAAAAAGGCAAGAGAUGAGAAAAAAGUAGUAGCUUUGACGGAAAUGCUAGAUCAAGCAAUAGUUACUAGUGUUAAGAAAAAAUGAUUAUGAAUAUCAAUAAUGUUCGCACUGCUAACUGGUGAUGUUUGAUAAUAAAAAAAAAAACCAUAUUUUGAACUUUAUUAUUUACCAAAACCAUUUUUUUCUCAAUUUUAUUAAUACCAUACAAUAUUCAAAUAAGUAAUUUACGUUAUCUUCCGGCAUCCAACAUGUUUCAUGAUGGUUUCAUGUGAUUACAAGUUGUAAUACAUUUUAACGAUAUUUUAUGUUGUCAAUACAUAUGGAUACAUUUUCUCACUAUGUUUUACCUUCUUUUUCCAUGAAUAAAAUAUAUACA